AUGUCGGCAGAUCUUUUUGCAGAAUUCGGAGCGGACCCCCCUCCUAGUCAACAGCAAUCGCAGCCUGCAGCCGCCAACAGAACAAAUGCACCUGCUGCGUCAGACUUCAACUUCUUCAACGGCCUGAACACCGCACCGGCUUUGGCAACACUGUCGCAGCAACCUCCUUCAACGAGCAACACUCAGAAUCUCGGGUCGAAUUACGCACAGUCAUCCACUAUCGAAGAUAAUGACGACUGGGGCGAUUUUGAGGGCGGCUCAUCCUUCGAGCCCGCUCCUGCCGCCAAACAAGAUCCGUUCGCAUUUGCACCACCUCCGGCCUCCCAACCGCAAUCAAAUGCAUGGAACAUCACCUCAACAACCUACGAUCCCUUUGCAUUUGCAUCGCAAUCAUCUUCGCAGCCGCUAGAGCAGACAUGGAACCGAGCGCCAAUCGUGAAGGCCAAGAAAUCAGCUGAUCCAAGCGUCUUGUUCGACGCGGAGGAUGAUCUUGAUGAUGAUGACGACUUUGGCGACUUCGAAGGCGAACAAGAGAGUAAGACGCAGUCCACGGCACCCGUGGCAUCGUCUUCGGCGAUUGUGGACCUACUUGGCGACAUGAGCAUAGCACAGGCUCAACCACCCAGCACGAGUAGUAGAGAUACUGCUAACGCAAGUCGGGGUUCAAAACUUCAAGCGACUACAAGUAAGAAACCUGGCACAGGCUUUGGUGCUGUGGCCAAACCUAAGCAACCCGUGCCGCCACCUGCAGUGGCUCAAGAAGAUGACGGGUGGGAUGAAUUUGACGACUGGGAGGCGUCCAUUCCUAGUAAAGCACCGAGCAAACCCGAAGCCGUGAAGUCGACUAGCAAUGCCAAAAUGAAUGUCACACCAGCUCCGAUACUUUCCCCUACAACAACAGAUCCACAGGCAGGCGAACUACCUCCUACGAACGUGCCACCACCCGGCGUGUUGCUAUCGCUUUUCCCUUCUCUCUUCGCCGAAGCACAGGAGAAGUUGUUCAAGCCCAUGGCAGCUCAACCUUUGCCCAUGCGAAACAAGCUACUGGCUGAGCCCGCGACAAUUGCCUACCUUCAGGGCUAUCUUAUCCUCGGGAAUGUCGCGGCGCAUAUCAUUGCAGGCAGGAAACUGCGCUGGAAGCGAGACCAGCAUCUAUCUCAAGGCAUGCGAAUCGGCCCAGCGUCAUCACGAGCAACUUCGGGGAUGAAGUUAACGGGCAUCGACAAGGGCGAAAACAUGAAAGAAGAGCGAGAGGUUUCCGAUGUGGUUAGAAGCUGGAAAGAGCAGGUUGGGCGACUGCGGCAUGUCGUGUCUGGCGCAAAUCAAAUCAAGGCGGGCACUCUAGACCGUGGACCAGACUUGCAAGAGACGAUGCCAGUUAAGACACUCAAGCAGUCCGAGGGUGGUAUUCCUGCACGACAGCCCUGUAUGCUGUGUGGAUUGAAACGAGAGGAAAGAGUGACUGCAGCGGACAUGGCCACGGACGAUAGUUUUGGCGAGUGGUGGAUUGACCAGAUCAACAUGCAUCGAGGUGUGUCUAUGAAAUGGCCGUGA